GUGCCUGUCAGGAUAAACUCGGGGCUGUAAAACCCUGUGUUCGUCCUUGACACGAUCCAAGAUGGCGGCCGCCGCAGUGAGAGCUCUGGGCUCCGGUCUGAGUAAAAACCUCCGAGAGAUCCGGCUUCACCUCUGCCAGACCUCCGCGGCCAGUCAGGGGGCCAGAGACUUCGUGGAGCAGAACUAUGUGGCCCUGAAGAAGUCCAACCCAGACUUCCCCUUCCUGAUCCGAGAGUGUUCUGGAGUCCAGGCCCGGCUCUGGGCCCGAUACGAUUUCGGUAAAGAGAGCAGCGUCUCUGUGGACAACAUGUCGGCCGACCAGGUGACUAAAGCUCUGCAGACUCUGGCUCAGUCCAAACCUUGACCCCCCCACCCCCACCUGCUGGCAGUGGUUCAGUCCAGGACUGACUCACCUGAGCCCUUCAGUCAGUUUCUGUGUGUAAAUGUGUUUAUUAAAUGAAUUAAAGUGUU